ACCCCCUACCUUCAGUCACUGGGACAGGCCACGUCGGCCCGGCCUCUCCCCCGCGCGCGCGGGGGGGACACGGGGAAAGAUCAUUCUGGAAGGAAAGUGUUAAACCGUACCACUAAUUCCACCCCCCCCCCCCCACCGCAUACGUUCAACCUUUCUCUUCCCACCUCUUUUUUUUUCAACAGUGCAAACACUUCCAGUUUAUUAUGAAUCAUUAUUUAUUAUUAUUCCGGUGAGAAGGAUCCAAGGGGAGGCCAGUGCCUGAGGAAGUGUCUGUGUGGCUGCUGCGGGCCCGGCGGCUAAUGAUUGAAAGGAGUUCUCUCAACCAUUUGGAAAACACCCUGUUGGAGAAUGCCACUUGCCUUUGCACAUGCUUGAUGAACAAAGAGAGCAAUGCACGCUUGAGCCUCACUUCUGUGACGACAACAUCAUUGUGAUAAAACAGAAGCAAUUGUUUAUUGCUAUCAAACAAACGUUGACUGCUUAUAGUUGCUUUCUAUUACUCCUCACGCAGACCAAGUGGCUGCAGCAAUUUGAUCUCCUUAAUGAAACCCUAACAUUGCAAAGUUUCAAUCUGAUACUAUGCUUCACUUAUGCAUCUAGGCUUAAUGUGAUUGCAAGUAAUGUACAGAAGAGGGUAAAUAUAGUUGGGGGCCUUCAGAUGAGUCAUAUUGCCAACACUUGCAAGAAUUUAUUUAACAGUUGUGCUUUGCAUGUUUCUGGAAUGGCCCAUGAGGGAAAACCGUGUUCUCAAAUCUCUCCUCCGUUUUAUUGCAAUGCUGAUAGAGAACUUGAUUUAUCCACCAAGAUUUAUCCAAGGGAAGGAAAUAAAUCUUACUUGGUGAAAGUGGAGGAUACAAUGGCAAAACGACAUUUGAAAGCAAGAGAUCAAACGUAUUAUGAGGAAAGCAAGCAAGACAAAGAUAAUCGUAGAAUGGAAGGAGAUGCAGAAGACUCUAAUGACUCAGAUGAUCAAGAAUCUUAUAACCAAGAACAAAUCAUAGUUGAGGUAAACCUUAACAAUCAAACUUUAAACGUGUCAAAAGGGACAGAAGGUGUGUCUUCACAGUCUGAAAAAACUGCAAGGAUGGACUCCAGCGAUGGGGAUAAUGAAGAGGAUGAUGUUGAGCUUGAUGAUGAUAUUGAUACUGAAGAUGAUGAAGAAAUUGAAGACUACAUUAAAAACAGAAAAGCCAAGGAAACUGGCAAAAUGGGGAGAGCAGAAGCAAUUCCUUCAAGGGAAAGUGCAAAGAUUAAUAUGCCUAAGAAAAAAAGAAAAAAAAGCCCCAAAGUUCCAACCCAGAAAGAAAAACCAACUGAAGAAAAACAGCAUCUGACCUGUGAGAAAUGCCCCAGAGUCUUCAAUAAUCGUUGGUAUCUUGAAAAGCACAUGAAUGUCACUCAUAGCCGAAUGCAGAUAUGUGAUAAAUGUGGGAAAAAAUUUGUGCUCGAAAGUGAACUUGUCCUUCAUCAACAAACGGAGUGUGAAAAAAAUAUUCAGUGUGUAUCCUGUGGUAAAUCUUUCAAGAAGCUUUGGUCCCUCCAUGAGCACAUCAAAGUUGUUCAUGGCUUUGCUGAAAAGAAGUUCUCCUGUGAGAUUUGUGAGAAGAAAUUCUAUACAAUGGCUCACGUUCGGAAACAUAUGGUCGCCCAUACAAAAGAUAUGCCAUUCACCUGUGAAACAUGCGGGAAGUCUUUCAAGCGUAGUAUGUCAUUGAAGGUUCACUCUCUUCAGCAUUCAGGAGAAAAGCCUUUCAAAUGCGAGAAUUGUGAUGAACGAUUUCAGUACAAGUACCAACUUCGCUCUCACAUGAGUAUUCAUAUUGGUCAUAAACAAUUCAUGUGCCAGUGGUGUGGCAAGGACUUCAACAUGAAGCAGUAUUUUGAUGAACAUAUGAAAACUCACACUGGGGAAAAGCCAUUUAUCUGUGAAAUCUGUGGCAAAAGUUUCACAAGCCGACCAAACAUGAAGCGCCAUCGUAGAACUCACACUGGGGAGAAACCAUACCCCUGUGAUGUUUGUGGUCAAAGAUUCCGGUUCUCCAACAUGUUGAAAGCUCACAAACAGAAAUGUUUCCGGGUCAGCAGCCCUGUCAACUUCCCACCUACUGCAUCUGUCACAACCAAACCCACUUCUUCUUCUUCUCCUCCUCCACCAGUCACUAUAAGCUCCCAUAGCUCAUUUCCCCCUCGACCAAUGCCACACCCUCUUUCCCAUCUGCAUCUUCAUCCUCCCCAUCAUACGCUUUCAAUUCCAGCUGUUGCACAUCUUCCACCGCCACCUACCCUUUUUAAUGCUGAAGCCGUGAACCAUAGAUGCCAAAAUGAAAGCACUUUCCUGCACCACAUUUCUGAAAAAAACACUGUAGCAGGUGGAAGCCAUCAUCAUUGAAACAUGGAUAUUUCUACUUGACAUUUAAGCUGUGCCGACUGUUUGGCAAUAUUCCAAUUUAACUGUGCACUAAACGGCAAAGCAAAGACUGAGCAAUCAUGGUGAACUACAAAUAUUAUUUUACUAAACAUCCAUGUACUUAUUGCAGUUGUAGGACUAGCAAAACAAUUUUUAUCUAAUCUAUUGUGUAAGACAAUUAAGCUGUCUGUGUAUAAUGAACUAAGGUUUUUAUCAUUUUUUAAGAAAACUCAGAUGUAUCCAGUUUUGUCACUUAAUAUCUGUUGAUAAGAUAUGCUUUUUUAAAUGUUAGACUAUUCCUUUUGCAUUAAAGUACAGUUUCUAUUGCAUUAAGAUAUUCUGGAGAAAUUUAAUCUACUAAAUUAAAUAAUUACGUUCUCUUAUGAAACAUGAGAGCAUUACAUAUUAUCACUGUGCAAAGAUUUUUCUGAAGCUAGUAGUUAAGACUAGAUCAUGUUCUAGCCUAACCUGUUUGGAUAAAGCAUUAUGAAAAAAUCCUGUUAAUACAUGUCUUUCCCUUGACUUAAAGUUUUUAAAUGUCUGUGUAGAAUAUGUAGAAAUAAUUCUAAGAGAUAAAUGUAUGUCAUUAUUGUAAUAAUUAUAUUUUUGUUCUUGUAGC